AUGACUGAUCUAAUGUCAUUUAUUAAUCAUUCCAUAAUACAAACAUACUUAAAUCCACGUAUUACACCUUGGGUGAAAGAUCCAAUCGGUUUACAUCAUCCACUUGUUUUCAAUUUUGAAAAACAAUUUUUUGAUACAAACUAUGCUCAUUCUAUUCGUAAUUGGAUGCAUACAUAUUGGUGGUUAAGUAUUGUCUAUUCACUUAUUUAUGUAUUUUUAAUCUUUUUUGGCCGUGCAUUAAUGGAAAAACGUGAAAAAUAUGAUUUACGCAUAUUAUUAAUAAUAUGGAAUUGUUCAUUAGCCAUAUUUAGUAUUUGGGGUAUGAUUCGAUGUGUACCAGAAAUGCUUUAUACAAUUCAUAAAGAAAGUAUUUAUUAUUCAAUGUGUGAUCGUAGUAAUAUUUAUGGUAUUACUGGAUAUUGGAUAUGGAUAUUUAGUGUUUCAAAAGUUCCAGAAUUGCUUGAUACAUUGUUUAUUGUUUUACGAAAACAAAAAUUAAUAUUUUUACAUUGGUUUCAUCAUGCGACAGUACUUAUUUACACAUGGUACAGUUAUCAUGAUUGGACAUCGAGUGGAAGAUGGUUUGUAUUUAUGAAUUAUUCUGUUCAUGCUCUAAUGUAUUCAUAUUAUGCUUUUCGUGCUAUGCGUUUUAAUAUUCCAAAAUUUGUACAACAAAUCGUUACAAUAUUUCAAUUAUCUCAAAUGUUCGUUGGUUGUUAUGUGAACUAUAAAGCAUAUGAAUAUAAAGGCGAAAAUCGUCCAUGCAAAAUUGCCUAUUCAAAUAUAUAUGCAUCAUUUGCUAUGUACUUUGUUUAUUUUUUGUUAUUUGCUCAUUUUUUCUAUGUAUCCUAUUUAAAAAAAACACCAAAAACAAUAGAAAAAGAAAAACCAAUUGAGAAAGAACAACGACAUCAUAAUCAAGUCAAUAAUGAAUCAUCAUCAGUAAUAGUAAAAAAUUCGCAAAGCGAACGUAAGAAAAUAAAAUAG